AUGUCAGCAAAAAAAGUCUCUAAUAUACCUAAAAUAGUGAUCCCAGGUCACAAAUGUACGGCUAAAACAACUUCGGAGGCACUUGUUGAACACGAGUACGCCAUGGACGCCGACCACGUCACUCAAAAAGAGAAACGUAAAGAUUCCUCAUCUCAACAGAACACUCCAACUAAAACUUCAACUAAAAAACAGAGGGGAGAUGAAAAUUCUGAGGUCUCCAACGCAAUUCUCUUGGAAACUUUAAUUGCCAGAUUCGACCUACAAGAUGGAAAGCUCAGCAACAUUGAACGUAAGAUUACGGAGAACAGCUUAAUGAUCGUCAACCUGACUAAAGCUGUGGAAUUCAAUGCGGCAGAAAUAAAAGACUGUAAAGCUCAAAUGAAAGUGUUCGACAAGCAACUUACCUCUGUCACCACAACGCACACAGACCUGAUAAACCGCACUUCUGAACUCGAACGCUACAAAAGAAGAUGGAACCUCAGAAUAAUCGGAAUGAAGGAAAAAACAGAUGAGGAUAUCCGAAAAGAGGUAAUUGCACUGCUAGCCGAAAUUGCUCCUCACCUGAAAAAUAAACUCGAAGACGUUGUCGACACAGUCCAUCGCAUUGGCCCCAAAAUGAAGGAUAAAUCCAGGCAGGUGAUUAUUCAGUUUUGCAUGCGGAAAUACAGAGACGAAUUCUGGCGUUCCACCAAAGUCUCGGAUAUCUGCAAAUUCAGAGGAGUAAAGUUCACCGAGGAUAUGUCAAAAGAAGAUCGAGAAAUCCGCGCUGCCCUAUGGCCGAAGAUCAGUGAGGCCAGAGCUGCAGGAAAGAGAGCAUACUACCGUGGUCCUUAUGGCUACAUAGAGGGCACUCGAAUUAAGGACGGUUAAUGUUUACAGCCUUCUUCUUGCACAUUCGCCUUACCUUUGUAUUAAAAAGAGACAAAAUUUUUCCUGUAUUUCAUUAAACACAAGGGGUCUCCGUAACUCUAUCAAAAGAAAAGCCUUUUUCCUUUUUUGCAAAAACAAAAAUGCGCACUGUACUUUUUUGCAAGAAACGCAUUCCACUCCUGAUGACGUGAAAUUCUGGACAAGUCAAUGGGGGGACAAAAUAUUCUUCAGUCAUGCCUCUACACAUUCUGCAGGAGUUGCAAUAUUAAUCAACAAUCUACCUGGGAAAAUUGUAAAAGUGAAAGCAGACUCAAAUGGUCACUGGAUUGCAGUCAUUCUUAACAUCAAGGAGGUUCUAUUCAUCCUUUUCAAUGUUUAUGGAUACAACAGCACUCCCCUAAAUUGCAAAUUGCUCUCUGAAAUCUCUGAUUCCUUAUUUGAAUUGAAAAGUGUUUAUCCGACUGACAAUAUUAUUAUAGGAGGAGAUUUCAACAUGGUUAUGGAUGAAGCCUUCGAUCGAUUUCCACAAAAAUUCAGUGCUUCACAUCCGAAUCUCACUCUGCAAAAUUUUUGCCUGCACUCUAAUCUAGUGGACGCAUGGAGAUCUGGGAAUCCGAAUCUCAGACAGUUUUCCUGGUUUAAGCCUAAUGGGACUUCCAAAUCGAGAAUUGACUACUGGUUAACCUCACCCAACAUAAUGAACUUCAUCAAAGACACUUCAAUAUCUGCAGCACCUUUGACGGACCACUGUUGUAUUUCUAUAUCCUUUCAUUCAGGUGAACAAAAAUCGCGUAGCAAGGGAUAUUGGAAAUUCAAUGCUGACCUUCUAAAGCAUGAAAACUUUUGUUCACAAAUUAGAUCCAUAGUUAAAGAUGUAUCAUCUUCUAAAGACAUUGCCUCUUUUGUAAGUAAGUGGGAGUAUUUAAAACACCAAAUUAGGGAUUUUUCUAUACAAUUUAGUAAAAAUCUAAGUAAGGCCAGAUCUCAAUUAGAGUUGGAACUAACAAAAGAAUUAAAUCAUUUAUGUAAUGUAAGUGAAAUGGACAACGAAACUAAAUUACAAAUUCAAACCUUACAAUCCAAAAUUGAUGAAUUAUACACCCAAAAAGCAAAAGGAGCAUAUAUAAGAUCUAGAGCAAGAUGGAUAGAAAAAGGGGAAAAAAGUAAUAAUUAUUUCUGUAGACUUGAGAAAAGGAGACAGGAGAAAAACUCAAUAAGUUCUCUUUAUGUAAAUGGAGUUAUAACUACAUGCCCUAAAGCUAUUUCCUCUGAGAUUUUUCAAUUCUACAGUUCCUUAUAUAAGUCAUCCUUUUCUAUAUCAGACUGUGACACGUUUUUUAAUAAUAUGAAUUUUAACAUACCACAAUUAGAUACAGAAUUCAAAGGCUUAUGCGAAGCCGACAUUGCAAUAGAGGAAUUAGACAAAGCAAUAGAUUGUUUAUCUUUAGGGAAAUCCCCAGGACCUGAUGGCCUCACAACAGAAUUUUAUAGAUUUUUUAAAAAUGAUUUGAGAGAAUUAUUAUUCCAUACCUUUUUUGAGUGUAUUCAAAAUAAUUCAUUAACUUCAACCAUGAAACAGGGUUUAAUUACCCUUAUCCCUAAACCAGGUAAAGAUGCAAGACACAUAGAUAACCUUCGCCCAAUCACACUCCUCAACUCUGAUUACAAAAUCUUAGCUCAUAUAUUUUCUAAUAGACUUAAGAAAAACCUAAAUGAACUAAUUAGUGAAUCACAAUCUGGCUUUUUAAAAGGUAGGUCAAUACAUAAUAACACUAGAUUAAUUUUGGAUAUUUUAGAUUAUCGUGAAUGGAUUGAAGAUGAUGGCUAUAUUCUUUUUUUAGAUUUUAGGAAAGCUUUUGAUACAAUUGAACAUAAUUUCAUUUUCAAUUCCCUCAAAAAAUUUGGAUUUGGCCAAAGAUUCAUUUCUUUUAUAAAAGUUCUGUAUACAGAUAUUAAUAGCUCUAUCUCACUUUCAUCUGGGACAUCCCAAAGGUUUAAUAUAUCUCGAGGAAUAAGACAAGGAUGCCCUAUCUCCCCUUUUCUAUUUAUCUUAGCAACAGAAAUGCUGGCUAUAUUAAUAGACAAAAACAACAGCUUUGAUAAAUUAAAUGUAUUUGGAAGACAAAUUGGUAUUAGUCAGUUAGCUGAUGAUACAGUAUUUUUUUUAAAGAACCAACAUCAAAUUGACAAAGCAAUUCAUCUGUGUGAUCUCUUCUCUAAAGCGUCAGGCCUUUACUUAAACAUAAAUAAGUGUGAACUAAUAGCAAUUCAUGAUAGUGAGCUGGAUUCAUUAUUCAAUAUACCGAUUAAAAGUUCUGUAAAAUACCUGGGAAUUACUAUUACUAAAGACAGCAACCAUAGUAUCCAAGAAAAUUUUGUAAAGAAACUCUUAAAAGCAAAAACUAUUCUUAACAGUUGGAUACAAAGAGAUAUCUCGAUCUUUGGAAGAAUCCUGUUAACCAAAAUGGAAUUACUCUCUAGAUUUGUUUACCCAGCUUCAUCUCUAGCUAUCCCUUCCCAUUUAAUAAAAGAAUGUAACACUGCAAUUUUCAACUUUAUCUGGAAAAAUAGACAUCACUAUAUUAACAAAAAUGAUUUGGUUCAUAGUUAUGAAGAAGGAGGUUUAAAUGUUAUUGAUUUAGAAAUAAUGAAUAGUGUUUUAAAAACCCAAUGGUUAAGAUCAUUCCUUUGUAAUACAAACAGCUUGUGGUUUGUUGUUUCUUCUUCCAUUUUUGAGAAAAUAGGUGGCUUAGAGUUUUUGAUGAGAUGUGAUUUUGAGUUGUCCAAAUUACCUCUUAAGUUAUCUGUAUUCCAUCAGCAAGUUCUCAUGUGUUGGAAAUUAGCAUUCUCCCACAACUUCAGUCCACACAAAACUUGUAUUUGGAACAAUCGUUUUAUUAUACACCAUAACAAAUCUUUAUUCUAUAGAAACUGGUUUCAAUACAAUAUUCUUUCCAUACUGGACGUAAUGGAUACCUCUGGGAAUAUACUCAGUUAUAAUGACUUUUGUCUGAAACAUAAGUUUGUAUGUCACCCUAAAGAGUUUUUUACAGUUAUAAAGGCCAUACCUAAAAGCAUGAUUUUAUUGAUGAAAGGAAUUCUUUCACAUUACUCUGUAACUUUCACUCUCCCAACCCUCUGUCUUGGUGAACUCUCUAUAAAAGAUUGUAAAUGCAACAACAAAUAUAUUAGAACUAUUUUCAUUGAGAGACUACAUCCAAAUAGAAUUAGACGUCAUUAUAUUUUUAAAGACUUCAACCCAAAUGAAAUUAAAGAACUGAGAAUGAAUUAUCUUAUCUUUCCAAGUCUUCCCAAAGUGAAAGAACUCCACUUUAAAAUAAUAAAUGACAUAUACCCAUCUAAAGAUUUCCUUCACUCACAUUUUAAUAUUGAAGAAAACACUUGUCAAUUUUGUGAAACUGAAAUUGAAACCACUGAACAUAUAUUUUUUUAUUGUAACUACACAAAGGAAUUCUGGUCUCAUUUGUAUAGCAAAAUGUCAAGUAUUAUUGCAUGUAUGAAUUCCCUUGAAUACAAACAAAUUAAGUUUGGUGUACUAAAAACUUGUCCACAACACUAUCUAAUUAAUAACCUCUUUGACUUUGCUAAAUUUUUCAUUCACAAGUGUAGAAUUCUUAAAGCUCCUCCAUCCUUUCCUCACUUCAUCAGAGAACUCGAAAUGCUUGCAAACUCUCUUCAUACGCUUUCAAAUGAAAAAUCUAAUGUUAUUGCCAAUUUUUUCAAAGAUCUUUGUACCCAAUAAUUAUUUGUAACCCCUUGCAUUGUCAACAUUGUUAAAAAGUAUUAUUUAUUUAUUUUUACCAUUAUUUAUUUUCCCUUUUUAAUUCCGUUCCUUUUUUUUCAUUAUUUAUAUUAUUUAAUUGAUUUUCAUAUUUGAACUGUAACUGGUUAUGGUGCAAUGUGUCUGCCUUUGAGAAUUGUAGUUUGUUUUUUUCUUAUUGCAGGCCUGUUUUUGUAUGUACAUCUGACAUUCCAAUAAAAAAAA